CUGUGCUGUGAGAACAAGUCGCGCAUUCUCGGCUCCAGUGCUUGCCGGGGACGAGCGAGGCGAACGACCGACCGACCGACCGCGCGCGACGGCGACGUCGGCGAGGGGGCGAAGCGAUCUGAUCGCCGCGCGCCGCCUCCUUUCUCCGUUUCAGGGAUGGCCUGCACAACAAUAAGCUGGUAGCUGAUUGGGAAGUGGGGAAUACCAGCAAUGUUCUCCUUGCUACAUGGCCUAUGGAACCAUGUGUUCAGCAAGACAGAGUUCCGUGUGCUCAUCCUUGGAGUCCAUAAGGCUGGGAAGACGACCUUGCUAGAAAAGUUGAAGUCAAUCUAUUUGAAAGGAGAAGGGCUUCCACAUGAUCGUAUUGGUCCAACUGUGGGGCUUAAUAUUAGACGUAUUGAAGAUGCAAAUGUAAAACUUGUUUUCUGGGAUCUGGGAGGUCAGCCUGGCCUAAGAACUAUAUGGGAGAAAUAUUAUGACGAGGCUCAUGCUAUAGUAUAUGUUAUCGACUCUGCCUCCUCAUCGACAUUUGAAGAUGCCAAAUCUGCUCUUGAGAAAGUACUUCGUCACGAGGAUCUGCAAGAGGCGCCACUACUCAUAUUUGCCAACAAACAGGAUUUACCAGCAGCUGUCAGAGAAGAAGAAUUGGACAGACAUCUUCACCUUAAAGAGUUUGACGAGAGGCCAUAUAUGUUUGUGGCGGGAUCUGCGUUUGAUGGACCUCUUUGGUUUUAUGACCUUUAUGGCAGGACGGGGAUCAAACUGGGUAUCGACUGGUUGGUAGAAGAAAUGGGAAAGGGCAGGCGCACCGAGGCUCUGAGGGCACGCACCAACACAUAUGCGAAGAUUUAGCACCAUGACUCAAACUCUGGCACCUUUGAUUUUCAGAAGCACAAAGCAUUUGAGGACGCUGGCUGAUGUCGUUGAUCUCGUGUAUACGCACUUUAGUACAAUGUCAUGAUCAGUUGAAGCCCAUCGUCAUCCUCACUCGGCUAUAGCCCCAGAACAAAAUGCCUUAGAUGUGGCUCUUGGAGCAGUACUUGCAGUAGGAAUUCUGUUGUAGCGACGCCAGAAACGAUUGUGUUACUCGUCCAGAUUCGUGUUCAUAUGAUCUUCCUUUUUCUUGAAGCAUGAUUACAUGCUGGGUGGCAAUGUUGAGCAUGUGCUUUGUACUCCCACCAUUCACAAGUAUAAGGAUGUUUUAGCUCUUUUCUGAAUCAUUUGUAUAUAGAUAUGUUUUGGUGUUCACAGAUAUAAGAUGUUUUAGCUCUUUUCUGAA